AUGCUUAUGCCUUUAAUGAUAGCAGCACUUUAUUUAUCAGCCAGUUCAAAUGACAAUAAAAACGUAAUCAAAAUCAAAUCAGCAUUUGCCAUAUUUCGAAUAUGUUUUUCGAAAGAAGACUAUACAAUUACGAAACCGGAUGAAUAUCGAGCAAUGAAAACAUUUUAUAUUAAUAAUUAUAUUGAUCUAACAUACGAUCAUGUACAAUCAAUGUCAAAACGAUCGUUUAUCGUUUUUAUUAUUUUACCAUUACUAUCUGGACUGAUAUGUUUUAAUUCUAUCUACUGCUAUCCGUUACCAUCAAAAUUUCCUAAUCCAUAUAAAUACCGUUUAAUAUCCACUUAUUUUUUAUUAUCUCGAACAUUUGCUUAUUACUUAUCUUAUUUAUCAUCGUUUUUAAUGGACAAAGAUUAUGAAUUAGGUGAAUACUAUUUUUUACGUUUAUUCUAUAAUUUUUUGUUUUCAUGUAAUGGUUUAAAACAUCGUGAUCAAUUAGACGGAUUGAGUAUAAAAGAUCAUACAAUUAACAAUUACCGGCUAAGGUUAUAUGAUUUUCCACGUUUCAUGCAUGGUAAACAAGAAAAUCGUACGAUUGGUUUUCCACUGAUUAUUUAUUUACGUGGUGGAAGUUUUAUAUUAGGAAAUUUAGAUACUCAUGAUAGUAUAGCAUAUAACCUGGCAAAAACAACACGUAUCGCUGUUCUUGCACUUGAUUAUAAUUUGGCACCAGAACAAGCGUAUCCAACACAAAUCAAUUAUUGUUAUGAUUUUAUUAAACAACUUUUACUUGGCUCAUAUUUUAAUCCUGUUGAUCGAAGUAAAAUUUUGUUAAUUGGUGAUGAAGUUGGAGCUACAAUGGUAUUGUCUAUUGUACAACGUUUACAAGCAGAAGAUUUACGAAUUGCUGGUCAAAUAUUAAUUUAUCCUAUUUUGCAAUAUUAUAACAUGAAAUUACCAUCACAUAAUCGAUAUUUUUCAGAAAAUAUUUUAGGUCUAUAUGAUCAAUAUUUUUUACAGUUAAUGCUGCAUGCCUACACAAACUUAAAUGUAACAUCAUCACUCUUUAUGAAUGAACAUCAUUCACGUUUAUCUCGUCUAAUGAAAGAAUAUUCUUAUAUGAAUAAUUACGUGAAUGAAGAUUAUUUACCAGAAGAUUAUCGUCAACAAUCACAAAACGAUAGUAAAAAUGAUAAUGUUGACAGGACUACAAUAAUCAGUCCGAGUUCUUACAACGAACAAUUAGUUAAUGAAUAUGCAUUAUUAUUAUUGAGUGAUUUAUCACCUGGUUUAUCCACAGAUGAUAUGCUGAAAACAAUGCCACCAACAUUUAUUCUUACGAUGGAUCAUGAUCCAUUUCGAGAUGAUGGAUGGAUUUUAAGUCGACGAUUAUAUCUAUUACAUUGUUCUAUUCAUCAUUUAAAUUAUAAUUUGGGUUUUCGUGGCAUUUUACAAUUUGAUGGUUAUCUCCGUUUUGAUUUAAUGCCUGUAGUCUAUUUAAAUAUUGUUGAAUUUAUUACGGCUAUUGGUUUUUGA